AUUCUCCAUUAUCAUCCCUCUCUCUGUAUCACUCACCCUUGAAUAGAUAGAUGGCUGAUGUAAAUGCCGCUUCAUUUGAGGCCUUUCUCCAAGGCUGGAUGGUGCGCCAAAAAGACUUCCUUGGUGAGCUUCACUCAGCUCAUCAACAGUAUCAGGAGGGGAAGAGAGCAGAUGUAAGGCCCUUGAUCGACAGGGUCAUUUCCCACUAUGGUCAAUACUUCGAAGAGAAAUCAAAGAUCGCACACCACAAUGUUUUUCUUGUUUUCUCACCACCAUGGUUCAGUUCAUUAGAACAAUCCUUUCUUUGGGUUGGGGGGUUCAAGCCUGGAGUGGCUUUUCAGGUUGUGAACACAGCUUUGGGGGACUUGACACAAGACCAAAAAGAGAAGUUGACUGAGCUGAAACAAGAGACCAAAGUGAAGGAGAGAACUCUCAAUGAUGACUUGGCCAAGCUUCAAGAGAGCGUAGCAGAUCCUCCUCUGGUGGGCCUGGCCAGAAGCCAGGGCAGAUUGUGUUUCAGCGGUCCCUUCGUGACAGACCAAGGUUCGGUCCCGAGCACUUUCAAAGAGAAAUUGGAGAAUCUGGUGGCAAAUGCAGAUGCUUUGAGGACAGACACAGCUCUGAAUAUUUUGAAGAUACUGAGACCUGCACAGAUUGUCAAAUUCAUGGCUUCUGCGGCUGAGCUUCAGAUCAAGGUUAGGUCUUGGGGUUUGGACAAGGAUGCCCAGAAUGGAGGCGAAGACUGAAAUAAGAAAUGAAAAUUUGAAGGCUUUUAUGUAAGGGGUUUCUUUUUCUAUCUGUUUCUGGCAACUGGUGAGUUAAGGGAUAGAUGCAUAGGCAUUAGUAGCAUCUAUCAUGAUAGAUGUGUGCCUGUAAUUCUGUUCCUCUCUACCUGGAGUUUCUUUUAUGAGAGUCGAAUAAUGAUGAACAAAAUAAGGCCAUGCAAUGCAUGCUUUAUGUAGAUGCUAAAGCAUCAGCUUAUGAGCAUCAGUUUAUGUUCAUCAGUACCUCUGACAGAGGUAAGCACUGUAGAUUGGUUGCUGCUAUAUAUUUACCUAGUAAGAAUAUAGUAGAAACCUAAGGGUUGUAUGUUUUCCUUUUUGUUUUUCUUUGUGUAUUAAGUCCUGUUUUUCAGAGAUGAACUUGGUUGAAUAAAAUGUGAAACCCCGCAAAUUACUUUUUAACUA